AACAUAACCAUAACUACUGAUGUCACAUUGGAUGUUCUGGCAAUAAUCUAGUUUUAUAGCUUCCUAUUUGUCUAGAUAGCAUACAAAAGGGAAUGCCAACUUCAGAUACCGUUACAUUGUAAAGAAAGAAUUAGGUGUUUUCACUUAAUAGUUUUAUCACGUGAAAAUUAAACAGCGGAUUCAAAGUGCCUAUCCAAAAACCGUGACUACUACCACCACCAACUCAGACCACCCACGCUCAUCUUCAACGGGAUGGGGGUUUUGCCUGCGAGGGAAGGAGAAGGAAGAGCCUAACUAUUUGGGAGACGGGUGGACCGUCGCCAUUGCGACCGUAGACUAGCCUUCAAGAUCUCGACUUCACGGUACACUGAGGAAGGACCAUGCGAACUAGUCGGUAACAGGAUUUGUUCUUUUGACGCCGAUCAUUGGAUUAUUUGAUUUCCUAGAAUAGAAAGAUGACUUUUCAUUCGCGGUGGAGUUCGGGGAUCCACACUCGCUGGCUUGAGUCUAUCAUGUGUCCCCACCAGCUGCGCGCCCCUGCCGUUACCACUGCACAAUGAACAGAAGCUGGAAUGGGACUUCGCCAGCUCCGGGUUUGGGGAACGACACGGGCGUCGGUGGUGGAGGGGACGGCGGCGGGUCCGUCGCUCUGGAGUCGGUCUCCAUCGUGAUCAUAGCCCUCCUCAUCUGCCUGGGCAACCUGGUGAUCGUGGUGACCCUGUACAAGAAGCCCUACCUGCUGACCCCGAGCAACAAGUUCGUGUUCAGCCUGACGCUGUCCAACCUGCUGCUGUCGCUGCUCGUGCUGCCCUUCGUGGCGACCAGCUCCGUGCGGCGAGAGUGGGUGUUCGGCAAGGUGUGGUGCAACUUCACCGCCCUACUGUACCUGCUCAUCAGCUCGGCCAGUAUGCUCACCUUGGGCGCCAUCGCCAUCGACAGGUACUAUGCCGUGCUAUACCCCAUGGUCUACCCCAUGAAGAUCACUGGUAACCGCGCCGUGGUGGCUAUCGCCUACAUCUGGCUGCACUCCUUGGUCGGCUGCCUGCCCCCGCUCUUCGGCUGGUCCCGGUUCGAGUUCGGCGGCGCCAAGCGGGCGUGCACGGUGGCGUGGCACAGCGAGCCGGGUUUCGCCGUCUUCUGGACCGCCUGGUGCUGCCUUCCUCCUCUGGCCGCCAUGCUGGCCUGCUACGGCGUCAUCUUCCGGGUGGCGCGGCUCAAGGCCCGCAAAGUGCAUUGUGGGACUGUGGUGGUGGCAUCCUCCUCUGGCCAGGAGGACGGGGGCGGCGGCGGCAGUGGUGUUGGUAACAAUGGAGGUCAGCCCGUGUCCCAGAGGCGUAAGAACUCGGCCACCUCCACCUCGUCCAGCGGGAGCCGCGGUAGCCGGCGCAGCCUGGUGUACUCGGGCAGCCAGUGCAAGGCCUUCGUCACCAUCCUGGUGGUGGUGGGCACCUUCCUGCUGACGUGGGGGCCCUACGUGGUGGCGGUGGGCACGGAGGCGCUGCGGGGCAAAGGCAGUGUGCCGCCGGGCGUGCAGACGCUGGUCACGUGGCUGUCCUUCGCCAGUGCCGUGUGCCACCCGCUCAUCUACGGACUGUGGAACAAGACGGUGCGCAAGGAGCUGCUGGGCAUGUGUUUUGGGGACCGCUACUACAGGGAGUCGUUUGUCACCAGGCACAGGACGUCACGCCUCUUCAGCAUAUCCAACCGCAUCACGGAUCUGGGCAUGUCCCCUCACCUGACGGCCAUGCUGGUGGGUGGGGCCCAUCCGCUGGGGCCCGGCAGCAGCACUGGAGACACGGGAUUCAGCUUCACACAAGACUCAGGUACAGACGUGAUGCUGCUGGAUAACUUCUCCACGGACUGCUCUCUGUCCAACCACCACAGCAUCGCCGCUAGCAACCGUAGAAGGAGCUCAGUCACCUUCGAGGACCAAGUGGACCUACAUUCCAAAGACGCGGCGUCCUCCGUGCUGGUGAAAGCCGAGCUCCACAGCUCCCUAGACAGCUUCGCCAGCUGCUUGGCCAAGGCCAUCGAGAGCGAUGCCAAGGUGCAGCUUCUCAGCGGUGGCGAGGGCACCACCACAGCCGUGCCACCACCCUCCUCCCUGCUGACCCUGCCCGGGGUGCUCUUCACCAGCCGAACCAGCGUCCAGAGGGGACCCCGCUACCUGGACGGCCAGAGACUCAGGAUGGAGAGCAUCGAUGAAGGAAUAGUGAAGGACGACCAGGAGGAAGAGCGGGGUGUGGAGAAGGAGGAAGAGAGUGAUGAAGAGGAGGAGAAGGUGGAUAAAGAGAAGGACUGGGGAGAUGACUGACUUUGAAGGAUAAAUGGUUGACUUGAGGUUUUUGUUUGUCCCCAGUUUGAACUUCUAGAAGGUGAAUUAAGAUGAGAAAGGUAUUGGUGUGGUCUCAGGGCUCCAUGCUGGAUGACGAACACCAGAAGGAGAAAUGCCAAACAUCUUCUAGUAGAGCGAGAUACCCUCAACACUGUCUACCCAAUGCAAAGGAGCGUGGUCAAGUUCGGUCUCCUAAGGGGGCGUUGUCUCCUCGUUCUUCUUGUCUUUCUGUGGCGUUCGGUGACUGCUUGCACAAGAUGUGCACUACCACCAUCUACAGCGCUAAGGGAACUUCAUUUAUUCUCAACCUAAAGUCUCCUAAAGGUUUCCUAACCGAAGGUCUCCUAAAGGGGCGUUCACCUGACGUCACAUGGAUCCAGAAACGGUACGGACUUGAUGGAUCUUGCGCUACAAGAAGAUGUUUGACAGUACUUCCCUUUACACGUCCGUGGUACAGAGAGCUAAACUGCUCUAUUUAUCUGUAAAUCAGUUGUACAUUUCACCUAUUGGCCACAUAGGAAGCCUUAACCACUGUAUCGUAAAACAAAUUCUCACUAUAAGGAUAUAUAUUUUUUUGUUUGUGUGUUUUGUUCAUGUGGAUUCUGUACACAUUUCAUUUACGGUAUCACUACAAGUAUAAUCGUGUCAAAUAUAGGUAGUAAGUAUUUUCAAAUAUUUACACUCCGAAAAAAGACUGCUACCUCAAAUCAAACAUUCUUGACUAUGCCAGGGCUCUGAAAUGUCUUAUCUUGCCAGACCAAGGCUCUGAAUCACCGUCCAUGAGCGCAACGCUUGAAUGUAACAGUACAGGAACGUGGGACCAGCUGUUUUCCUUUCCUCCCCCCCUUUUUUUCUAAGCCACCGUUUGCGUGUUGCGACACGUCCCGGGGCCUUGGUAGGAACGAUUGCACUUGAAGAAACGGCGAGAGAGGAAGUGAGUAAUGCUGGUGUUUAAGGCCUCUCCUCCUAUGAAAAGGAUGUGGCAAACCAACGGUUCGAGAGAUUUUUUUGUUGCGUUUAUCUAUGUUUGGUCUGUUUACCUUGUGCAGUGAAAUUUGAAAAAAAGUUUGACCACUUGGGUUUCGAAAUUCCAAUGCUGGCUUUUUGCUCCAACCCAAAAGACUUGUUCAACAGUGUGUAGGCCAAUGCAGUUUCCUAAAUGAUGACAAAAAACGUGGUACAGUUUUUUGUGAGCACAAAAAAAAUCAAUGUUGGAAAAAGAAAUAAUAGGAAGUGUUAUUGUGUUUUGUUACAGUUUUGUACGAAGUGUUAUAUUAUUUUCACAUAGGCGUUUUUGUACUGUACUGUGGAAUUAAAUCCUUUUUUUCUUGAUAAUGUA